AUGAAUAGCGACUGCAAGUCGAGACUGAAACAGGAGACGCUGAUAGUGGCAGAGCAGCGCCGUCACGAGCGACAAGAGCGAGACAAUCGGCUGACCGAACGUGACGCGAUGUCCCCAGUCGUGAACGGCUGCGUCGCGUUCCGUCUCAACAGCAGUGGGAUCCAGAGCAGUUGCCACCGUCGACAUUUGCCACAGGACUGCAUCGCCUUCUCGAGUCCGGCAGGACGGACCCUUUUCACCGAAGCCAUCACUAGCAGCGACCCGAAUUACAUGCAGAUCUACUUCCCACUGGCAGAGCAGUUCAUUACCCAAGGCGAGCCCGCGUUCUGCGGAUUAGCGACGCUGGCCAUGUGCUUGAACGCGCUGCAGAUCGACCCUGGUCGACUGUGGAAAGGGCCAUGGCGCUGGUUCAGUGAAGAGCUCUUUGAGUGCUGCACGUCGCUUCUAGUUGCCAAGGAGAAAGGCAUUAGCAUGUCGGAGUUUGUCUGUCUCGCGCGCUGCAACGGCGUCAUGACGGAGGAGUACCGGGCGACGAGCUCCUUGAUGCUCGAGCAGUUCCGAGCCAUUGUCCAGCACAGCUGCGCCACGAGUUCCGAGAUUGUCGUGCUGAACUACAGUCGCCAAGUGCUCGGCCAAAGUGGCGACGGACAUUUCUCGCCCAUUGGCGGGUACCACGUCGAGCGGGACAUGGUGCUGCUCAUGGAUGUGGCGAGGUUCAAGUACCCGCCCCAUUGGGUGAAGCUGUCGCAGGUGUUUGAGGCCAUGCAGCGUGUGGAUCAGUCCGUGGACUUACCUCGAGGACUCGUAGUGAUGACUAAGGGAAGUACAUGCAACGGACCCAACACCUGUGAAGCAGCGUGUCUACUGCGACGAGCAGCUAAGAGUGGUGAACAUGUUCGCAGCUCGCAGCCGUGUUGUGAGAGCUUGGCAGCAGUGGUGGCGGCUCGCCAUAUGGCGGACGCCACAUCGGUGACAUGA